CAUCAAGGUGCGCCUCGUCAACCAUAGCUUUUAGUUUUAGCAAGGUACAGAAAGUUGAUCAAGGUUAUUUCAGUUUGUCUCUCAGGUGAGAGAAAGGAAGGGGUGUGGUCAGCAGAGAAACUGGAGAGAGGCGGAGAAAAGAGCUGAAAACACACAGCCUACAGACUGUGAACUCAUCGGGGAUUCAAGAGAAGAGUUGUGAUUUUAAAGACAGUCCUCGAUCGACGACGCUGGAGGUUUCAGUGCCGACAUGGAUCACUUGUCUCGGGGCGUGUGUGGUUAAGACAAAGCUGUCAAGAACUGGAGAUCUGACUUACUUUGACUAACGGCGGGUCUGCCAGGUCAUGCUGAUGGACCAGGACACUCAGUGGCUGUAUGCACUCCUGGCUGAAGUCCAGCUGGAGAAGUUCUACCUGCGUGUCAGAGAUGGACUCAACAUCACGCGCGUCGAUCACUUCGCCUACGUGAAGGAGAGCGAUCUGGAGCAGAUCGGAAUCAGCAAACCAGCUCAAAGGAGACUAUGGGAGGCUCUGAAACGCUUCAAGAUAAACUCACGGUCGCGGGCACCCAAGGUAAGUCGACCUCAGGAUGGGCCGGAGCAGUGGAGCGGCCCUGCUCAGAGUCAGGAGGGAGUAAGCCGGGCUCUCCCGAGUCUGAUCCAGGACACAGAGCUGGUUCUGGGAGAGAAGCUGGGCUCGGGUUCCUUUGGGGUGGUGAAGAAGGGAGAGUGGCACACGCCUACUGGGAGAGUGCUGCCUGUAGCAGUGAAGUCACUGAGAAGCAACAUGUCCAGGCAGGCAGAGACACUCAAAGACUUCCUCCAAGAGGUGACCACCAUGCAGUCUUUGGACCACCCCAACAUCAUCCGACUGUACGGUGUUGUACUCACACAGCCCCUGAAGAUGGUGACCGAAUUGGCCCCCUUAGGCUCGCUGUAUGACAUGCUGCGCUCCCGUCAGUACGAGUACCCUCUUGUCCGCCUCUGGCUCUUUGCAACUCAGAUCGUGGCGGGGAUGGAUUACCUGGAGACCAGAAGGUACAUCCACAGGGACCUGGCAGCAAGGAACGUGCUGCUGGCAUCCAGGGAGAUGGUGAAGAUCGGGGACUUCGGCCUGAUGAGAGGCUUGAGCCAAGAGGCGGAUCACUACGUCAUGUCUGCACACAGGAGGAUCCCGUUUGCAUGGUGUGCUCCAGAGAGUCUCCGUGUCGGCUCUUUCUCUCACGCCUCAGAUGUGUGGAUGUUCGGUGUCACUCUGUGGGAGAUGUUCACCUACUGCGAGGAGCCGUGGUUUGGCCUGUCAGGCAGACAGAUUUUGUGGCGUGUGGAGAGGGAGGGCGAGCGUCUGGAGAAACCUCCGGAUUGCCCUCAGGAGCUGUACGCCGUGAUGAGGAAGUGCUGGGCCUGCAGUCCACAUGACAGACCCAGCUUUGCUCAGCUCUCCACGAUGGUGGCAGAGGCUAAACCAAUGGAGAUACAAAUUGGCAGAGACUUUGCUGAACCUAGAAAACUCGCUCUUGUGGCUAACGACUUGGUGACCGUCGUAGACCAUGGUCUGGAGCUGAGUGAGUGGAGAGGUCAGAACCACAGGACACUGGCAGUGGGCUGGUUUCCCACCAGCCUCAGUGUGCCGAUUCUUCCUCCAGCUGCUGCACCCAACCCUGCCGCUAACCCCCAGCACAUCUCAGCCCCGCUGAUGGGCAGCCUGCAGCACACCGGGCACGGAGACAUCAAACCUGAGCGCUCCUGGGGGACACCUGAAACUCUGGACGAAAGUGGCGGCAGGAGGUCGAGCCCUGCCAGGGAGAAGGAGGGAACCAAUCUGCAGAAAAUGGCAGGAAUGUCUCAGAGCUUGGAGUCUGUCCUGAGUGGACCCCGUCCUCGGGCGCACACAGUCGGCGUGAUCAGAAUGGAUCACCAGGGUCGACUGUUACCUCCCGCCAUGGCAGCUCACAGUGCGGUCGUACAGCAGGAUCUACGCCGCUUCAGCGAGGCCAGCAUCAACCCGCCUCCCCGACCGCCACCUCCCAACUUCAAACGUCCGAUCAUGAAACCUCAAAGGAGGCCCACCAUACACCAGGUUCCUGGGGCCCCGUGGCCCCCGCACAUGAUCAUCCCACCUCCGGCACAAAUACAGCCUCCACCUCCACCUCAACACCCACCUCCACUUCAACACCCACCUCCACCAGUCAUGGGCGGGUCAAACCUAGCUAAAAUGAGCAACAUGGCGCGCUCGACCCCACAGCUGGAUGAGCCCACGGACAACAGAGAGAGAGAGAGGGAACGAGGGAGAGAAAGGGACAAGUCGCCGCAGGUGCGCAACACCAGAGACGGUCUCAUUGGACAGGUUAUGGAGGCUGUCCAUGGAGUGACCACUGAAGAGGUUCAUGUUGCACUUCAACGAAGCGACUGGAACCCUGUGAGAGCUGAACAACAACUCAAGUUAGAGCAGCUGUACUCACUGAGCCUCUGCUCCAAAGAAGACUGUCUGAGGAUCCUCUCCAGGUACCAGUGGAACCUACAGGUCGCCAGCCGCUACCUGAUCCGAUGGUCACGGGACGAAAGACAAGGCCCCGGGGAGAGGGAGCGACCCCCAGUUAGCAACGAAAGACGAGUCUGAAUUGAUCUCUCAGACUUUACAGAAAUAAUGGAGGACUGAUUUUAUCAGCAACAUCUGGACUCAAUCUGACUGACUGAUCGACCCACUUUCAUCGAUAAUGGGAACACACAGGAGAUCGAGUGCAUAUAAAACAGAAGAUGGUUGAAUGCAAAAAGAAAAAAAAACUUUGAAACACACAAGUUUUGUAAAAACACAAUUUUCCUGACUCCGAUUUUAUAUUGUUCACGGUGCACUAUCCAGUACAUUGUCUUUUCUUGAAAAUAGUUUUUGUACGUGAAUUAAUUUGUAAAUACUGUAAGAAAAUGUUGUAUUAAAUAAAAUUGAUGAUCUGUUCUUAA